AAGAAGAAGAGUUUCCCAGCGUCACUCCUUGCAAACAUGGCGACUGAGGGAGAUGUCGAUUUGGACCUGGAAGCUGACGAAAACUGCACUGGGAAGCCGGCAGAAAAGCCUCGUAAACAUGACAGCGGUGCCGCCGAUUUGGAGAGGGUCACUGAUUAUGCGGAGGAGAAGGAAAUAUCCAGUUCCGAUUUACAAACGGCCAUGACAGUAAUUGGAGACAGAAGAUCACGAGAACAGAAAGCUAAAAUUGAGAGAGAAAAGGAGUUGGCCAAAGUCACUAUCAAGAAAGAGGAUGUGGAGUUAAUUAUGUCAGAGAUGGAAAUUUCGAGGGUCUCGGCAGAGCGCAGUCUGAGGGUGCACAUGGGCAACGUGGUGGAAGCGCUUGUGGCUCUGACCAGCUGAACACGUGCAUGCAUGCAGAGAACUCUCAUCAUUGUUGUUCUGACCAAUUUCAUUAAAAUUAAUGUUGAGGUGUCAUGAGGGGGCAAACUUUUUACAAUAAAGUAUUUUGAAAACUU